CGCGGCAACUGGAGCAGAAACACACACACACAUGUGUUGUAGCCGUUCUUAUUAUACCUCAGUGGUCGUAGCUGGAAAAACAUUUAUACAAAAUAAUUUAAUCGACAUAACAUUGAAGAAGAGGCGCCACCUACAUCAUGAAUGAUUUUGGAAGCUACCCUCCGCCGAACUUUGUCUCUCCUCCUCCGGGUUCGAUGGUGAGACCGCCAACGUUCCUUCCACCACCUAGCAACUUCCAGCCCGGUAUGUGGAACUGGUACGAACCACCGUCCGAGCCGUGGAGAUACAACGGCCAGGGAGAACACUGGAACGGCGGGCCCGGACCAGGUCGACCCAGAGGCUCAUAUGGCCAGAACUUCCAUCGUGGACAUGGAGGCGGAAGGCAGGACUAUGGUCGUCCCAACAACCACGGGAAAAAGCAGAAAAAUAAAAAAGAACCAGAGUUUUCACAUUUCUGUGACCCGUGUGACCGAGGCUUCAAAAACCAAGACAAGUACGACCAACAUGUCUCUGAACAUGUCAAGUGCUCGGUUGAAGACUGCAGCUUCACUGCUCAUGAGAAGCUGGUCAACAUUCACUGGAAAAAUAACCACGCCCCAGGGGCAAAGAGAAUCAAGCUGGACACUCCAGAGGAGAUUUCUAAAUGGAGAGCGGAGAGGCGCAGGAAGUACCCAACCCUGGUGAACGUGGAGAAGAGGAGGAAAGUGAUGGAUGCCAGGGAGGAGACUGGUGCGGUGCUGGAAACGGCUCAGUUUGGGAGGAUGAGGGGUAGAGGUCGUGGACAGCGUGGUGGAAGGUUCCAGAGGGGCAGAUGGGCCAGACCGGGUCCUCAUCCGUCAGAGAGACCACCACACCCCACUCAAACCCCCACGGAGAGGCCUCCACCCCUCACUCAGUUCCCCAGGGACGGAGACCCUCUGGGGGCUCUGGCCAACAGUGACCCAGACUCUGAUACAGAGGAGCCAGUCAGUGGAGGUGGGGUGACUGUGGCCCCUAAACAAAUGACAUCAGGGCUGGGAUCUCUGAUGGCCAGCUACGGCUCCAUGACCGACAGCGACAGCGACCAGGAACCACAAGUCCUGCCCAUCCAGAGGACCAGUCAGCUGCUGAAGGAGAACCAGGCAAUGCUGAAGGCUCUGCCAGCCAAGCCCCAGAACAGUGCUUCAUCUGGGGCUAAGAGACUCUACCCUGAGCCCCCCCGGGAACCACAGCCUGGGUCUGGUCCUCAUAGACCUGGUAGGGGGAGAGGAAGAGGAGCGAGAGGAGGACGAAACAACAUGGACACCCCCCAACAGCGCCGUGCCACUCUGCUUGAGAUGUUACUGGCCCCAGACAUCCGCCAUGAGAGGAACGUGCUCCUGCAGUGUGUUCGCUACAUUGUCCGAAACAACUUCUUUGUAGUGGAGGGUCAAACUCAGGACCAGGAUGGAACUCUGGGCAGAACAGGGACCACAGGUGACCCUAACCUUGACCUCCAGACACAGGAAGUGAGAGCAGAUGAUCUGAGAGCAGAUGAUCUCCCAGCUACCACUGUGGUUGGUCCAGAUGAAAGAGGUGACCAGGUGAGGUCAUCACUAGAAGGUACCCAGAAACCACCAGUCUGUCAGGGACCUUCAGAGGUGGACAUUUUGAAUGCUGAAGAUGUCCAUCCUGAGGAGAUACCAGAUGCCGCCUCAAACCCUGAUGUCAUAACUCAGCUGAACUCUAACCCUGAGGUCCUGGGGACUGUGGCUGAGCAGUCUGGAGCGGGAGAAGACCAGAGCAUGGAGGAGAACACACAGAGUGGACCAGCCUGCUCACAGUCACAUCCCCUCCAGGAAACCCCAAUGGACUUGGCUUUGAAUGCUAAUUAUGGAGAUGGUCACCCUGAAGACCACUCCCAGACCUCCAUCCCCAACUAUGAUGAUGAAGUCUGGGAGACCCAAGACCCCUGAAGUCACCCUAACCCUUCAAUCAAGACUGUCACCUUGACCCUUCAAUCAAGACUGUCACCCUAACCAUUCAAUCAAGACUGUCACCUUGACCCCUGACGUUGCCUUGACCCUUCAAUCAAGACUGUCACCCUAAAAGCAGAUUUAUGCUUGAUCCAGAAAUGCGGUCCGGAGGCUCUGUACAGUUGCGUUAUUUUGAGUUUGAGUUUUUACAGAGACAGUG